CCGAGACAAAGAGACCCGAGAGAGAGACAGAGAGAGGGAAGGGCUAGCAGUGACUGACUGUGGGUGUGACUCCGCCUUUUCUCCUGUUUACCUGAGGAGCUACAAAUAGCAGUGUAAGAGGUAGGAAAUACACACCUGUCACUGCUGCUGCCGUCGACUCACCUGGACUGAAGAAACCACUCACCACACCUUUACAGACCACUGUCCUCUGCCGUCAUGUGUCAGUGGUUGACCUCUAGCCUCUGUGUUGUGAUGCUGCUGCUGUGUCCAGUCAGUUUCAGCUACGAGGGGCUCAGCCCAGGACCUGGCUGUCAUCUAUACCGGUUCAACGUGACCAUCCGUAGUGACCAGCGUGGGACAUGUAAAGGAACUCACGUUGUGAAUGCCUGUGUUGGCUACUGUGAGUCCAGUGCCUUCCCAUCCCGAUACUCUGUUCUGGUGGCAUCGAACUUCACUCACAACAUUACCUCGGCAUCACAGUGCUGCACCAUCAGCAAGGACGCAAAGAUCAAAGUUCGUCUUGACUGUCCUCGUAGUCGUCACCAUGAUGAUAUCGAGAUCCUGACGGCUCAGGCCUGUCGUUGCGACAUGUGUCGCAAGUCACGCUACUGACAUGCCACCGUCUCCGCGGGAACACACGCUACACGCAACAAAUUGUAACAUGAGGACUUGGAUGAAGAGGAGACAAGGAAAUGUGUGUAUACAAGGAUAGAGUGUGUGUGUGUGUGUGUGUGUGUGUGUGUGUGUGUGUGUGUGUGUGUGUGUGUGUGUGUGUGUGUGUGUGUGUGUGUGUGUGUGUGUGUGUGUGUGUGUGUGUGUGUGUGUGUGUGUGUGUGUGUGUGUGUGUGUGUGUGUGUGUAGAAUUGAACGGUCGGAAAAAGGAAAAAAGACUUGAGGAAAAGACUUUUCAAACGGUUGCUUUAUUUAAGAUUUGUUUGUUUAAACAUUGGUUUAUUUAGGAACAGGAGACAUUUUGUCACACUUUGAGUCAACACCCUAUUCCCUAUGUAGUGCACUACUUUUGAUCCACGGCCCAUACAAACUAGUGCACUACUUUUGACCAGGGCCCAUACAAACUAGUGCACUACUUUUGACCAGGGCCCAUACAAACU